AUGCAGGUCCUAGAUCUGCCCAGAGAGAUCCUGGCCCACAUCCUGGCAUGUCUGCACCCUGCGGCCAUCGCCUGCUUUGGCCAAACUUGCAAGGCUGCUCAUGAUUUUGUCCGUCCCCAGCACCAGAUUCUCUGGAGAACUGCUUUCUUGUAUAUCUUCGAUGACCCUAAUGAUGCUUGGUCGAUGAUGCCCGGCCACCCGCCAUUGGUCCCAGACCGCACAUGGGAUUGGCAUCACGAACUGUGCGUGAGAUUGAUGGCUUUGCGAGGUGUCCAGUCAAAGCGAUGUGGCUCCGACAGUUGUGCUGAAGCCCACCUCAGUGCUUUACUCGACAUCCUCGACACGGCAAAAUUUGCACCCAAUGCUCGUGAUAUUGCUAAUGGCAAAAUGCCAAAGGAGGACGACCGGACGACCUCGUUGAACCUCCAAAUCCUCGCAGGCCUGACUCCAUAUCAAAAUGGCAUCGAGAGUCUCAUCCACGAUUCAGGAACUCAAAGUGUGCUGUCACACACCCGAUCCGAUGAGCGUAUGUUGGGCUCUACGCUGCGUUUCACAAGAAGCAUGGCGCUGAGCGAAAAUGACCAGAAUCGACCCGAGUCCGCCUCCAGGCUUCACGUGCUUUAUGGUCUAACAACUCGUGAGCGCAUCGAGCACAAAGCCCGAGGAGCUGCCAGGCGAAAAGUCUACAAUUGGAGUUUGAGUGGACAAGACAACGAUUACGGGCCUUUUCGCCGGGACGGCACUGGGAAGGUCGACUGGCCGCUCCUCGAGGCUGUCUUCAGCGUCAUGAGCCGAAAUUUUUCCAUAUGUGCCGAGGGCCGCAUUGCUAUGCCACAAGGUUUCUGCUAUGCUCUCCCUCACCGCACUUUGGCUGAUCCAACCAUUCCCCAUGACUGGGCCCGGGUUACUGGAACUUGGUUAGGAACUUACUCUUGGCUCGACUACCUCGACCUCUUCGCCUUCAACAAUUUGAGCCAUGAUUCUGGCGCUCAUCCGACCUUGGACGACGAGCCUGAAGACUCCGGAGAUCUGAUGAGGCUCGAGCUCAAGCUCGAUGAUGUCGUUGCUUCUGAUCCACGCUUGACCACAACCCUUCCUGUCUGUACUGACCUACCUGUGCUUUAUUUCUCUGGACUUUCCCGUGGUCACGCCGGUAUGCACCGGCCGGUUAUAGGAGUAAGAGGUUGCGCCAGCCUUGUACCAGGUGGACGAGAGGUAAGAUGGAGAUUCAUCAUCUACUACGGCGGCCAAGAUCAGUGGCAGUUGGAAGGUGUCCAGCCAGGAGGCAUCAGAUCAGGAGGAGUGUUUGGGUUGUGGACGCAAUGCGACCAUGAGGAGAACGGACCCGUUGGACCAUUCUGCUAUUUCCCGACGGAGCUUUGCAAGCCAACAAGUGUUGUUUUAGCUACCUGA